UCAGUCAGUGUGUGCAUCUGACAGGAGAGUGGGGGGAAAAGUGAAAAAAGAGACGUUUCUGUUCUUGUGAAGAGAUGUCUAGGUACCACAAAGCAGCGAUUGAUGGAUACUUGGACCUCUUGAAGGAGGCCACGAGGAAGGACUUGAACUCUGCGGAUGAGGAUGGCAUGACUCCCACUUUACUGGCUGCUUUCCACGGACAUGUCGAUGUUCUUCAGCUCAUAUGCAGCCGAGAAGGAGACCCCAACAAGAGUGACAUCUGGGGAAAUACACCUCUGCACCACGCUGCUGCUAAUGGCCACAUGCACAUCCUUAGCUUUCUCGUCAACUUCGGUGUUAACCUUUUUGCACUGGACAAUGAAUCCCACACAGCUAUGGACGUUGCUGCUUCUCGCGACCGCAUGGACUGCGUGCGCUUCCUAGAUGCUGCUUCAUCGCAGCAGACCAACCAAAAUCCAAAGAAGGUGGCCAAUCUAAAGAAAGAGGCCAUCAAAGAAGCAGAGAAACGUAUAAAACUCUGCGAGAAGGUGAAGAAGAAACACCAGAGCAAGAUGGAUAAAAUGCAACAUAGAGCGGAUAAUACUGGAUCUGUCUCAGAGGCCAGCAUGGCAUCAGCGUUCUCAGAGGGUGGCACCAUGUCCGGCAUCAACGAGCAGUUCUCCAAGCUGAUUGCUGCGGAUAAAUCCGGGUCCCUCACAGCCAGGGUUAAAGGCACGCUCCAGAAGAAGCUCAAUAAAAAAGAUAAAGGCACGCUGCAGAGAACAGGAGGGGAUGGGAACGUCAUUUUCCUGAAACAGGAUAGUGCAGCAACUGAUCAGCCAGAGUUUCUGGAUGUCUUCAACGAGCAGGAUGAGAGCAUGCUAGACAAGGAAGGCUUUGACGACUAUGACGAUGAACCAGGCGAAAUCAAACAGUCCAUCUUCAACCGGCCUGGCCUUGGAGGUCUGAUUUUCAUGAAGAAGAUGGGACUUGAUUCAGAAGACACCCCCAGUGGGAACAAUGAAAGUUUGGGCUACCUUGUUCAGAACGAGAUGUUUGAUGCAGAGGAAGAUGCUGCUGGCUUUGAUGGAAUUGAUGCUGAUCUGCCCUGGGAUCAGGAAGACCUGGGACUGGAUGAUAAUGAAGAUGAGGAGACUUCUCCUUUGGAUGGAUUCUUGUCUGCCAUCUCUUUGCCAGAGUUUGCCCCUGCAUUCAGCAGAGAGCACCUAGACCUGGAGGCGCUGAUGCUUUGCUCUGAUGAAGAUCUGAAAGGCAUCCGCAUCCAGCUGGGUCCCAGGAAGAAGAUCCUGGAAGCUGUUGCUUGCAGAAAGAAAGCACUGGAGAGUCCAGGCACCAUGACAGACAGCUGCUUGUAAUCUCAAACAACACGUGAACAGUAAAUUAUAACCCUAUUUAAGGUUUAAAGAGUGUUUUUUUGUAAAUAGAGGCAAAAGUUUGAUUUUCCAAAUACAAGAAAAUGUUUUCCUCGAAACUGAAUUGUACUGUACUUAGAUACAAUAUCAAGAAAAGCAUUGAUAAAUCUAGUUGAGAAAGACAAGAAAAUUGUAAUAAAAAUCCACAGAUGUUUCUCGUGAAUCGUUUAUUUCCACAAAUGACAAUCGUUGGACGAUGUGCUGUUUUAUGUUGUUUUUACUUUUGACUUGAUAAUAUAAUUGUCAAAUAAAUCAAAUAUAAUAAACAAUGUCUCCAACAGUUCCCCCAAGGGCCCCAACCGAUAGGGGACUCUAUGGCGCUAUUGAGACCCCCGACGCCAAGAUAAAAAGCUAUAUUA